UAUUAGCAACACCAAGUUUUGUUUUCUGUUCGCUUUUGCUUUCUCUUGAACUUAAUUAUUUUUUAUUAUUUUCCUUAAUUUUUCGACAAAAACUGCCAGCCAUAUGCUGCGUUUCUUUCAGUAAUGGCGAAUCAGGAAAUCAGUUUAAAAUGGAACGGGUAUCAAGACAACAUUUUGACGAAUGUUAAGGGCUUGUUUGAGGAUGAGGGGUUGUCGGACGUAACAUUGGUUUCCGAAGGGUUGAGCUUCAAGGCUCACAAAGUUAUUUUGUCAGCGAACAGUUCAGUGUUCAAGACAAUUUUCCAGCAAAACCCCCACAAGGAUCCUAUAAUAGUGCUUCAUGACAUCAACACGGCGUCGCUGCGAACGUUGCUGACGUUUAUGUACAACGGGGAGGUGAAUGUGACUGAGGAGCUUCUGCCCCUGCUGCUGAAGACAGCGGAGGCGUUGAGGAUUUGUGGUUUAUCGACGGGAACCGACACCGCGCGAGAUGAUGAGAAACCAGCCAGUACUACUAAUACAACUGCACAGCCAACUAAAAAACGCAAGAAAAGCGAGAAUGAAGACAACAACAACAAAACUAAGAAAACGGCUCCGACACCACCAAAACCUGAUACUGGCACUAAUCUUAGUACCUCGGACCCCUUCAAAAAUAAUAACAUAGUGCCAAAGCUGGAGCCGAUUGAUUCCCCGCUAACCGAUUACUCUGGAGAAAACACAAACGACACAGACAUCGCCCUCCUAGAUGAAACAGAGAAAAAAUACUCAACAAGCCCUGAAAGUAUCUCAAGCAAAUCCGUCUGCUCUACCGCCGCAGGUGACCGUACGGUCAAAAAGUGGAUCAGCGAAGUCAGCAGCACGCAACCUUGUCUGAACAUUAACGAAAAAGCCAUAGAUACUAUUGAUGAUGAUAAAGAAUGCAUCGAAAUAGAUAAGGAAGUCGAGACAGUGUUACAGAGUGGAACUAUCGUUGAAUCUCUAAGCAUUACGACAGAAAACUUGAAUUCUGUGUCCAGUGAGGCGCAGAAUUGCAAAGAUAAAAACACUUGUUACGCCAACCCGUCAUUCCCCUGCCCGUUCUGCCCUCGCGUGUACAACAGCUGGGGUUAUAGGAGGCGACACGUCAAAUCUCGACAUAUGACCAACAGAUUGUCCUGCAAAUGGUGUGUCUCCAUUCUCCCAUCCACCGGUGCUUGGUAUUCCCACGCUACCAGAGCCCACGGGGUACCUCACGAAGAGGCCCGGAACUCCCUGGUAGUUAUGGUGGAGGCCCACGCCGUUUUAACCCUUAACGAACCCAGCGUGGCCCAGUUACUGGGUCAAGUGGGGAUGGGAGAUGGGAACGCGGUGGAAAAGACUGCUUAAGGUAGGUUUUUGAGUUUAUGGGCGGGGCC